UUUUUCAAGAUCGUCAUACAAUCAAGUUCGACCCUUUUUACCCAGACAUAUCUUGGCAAGUUUGAGUUUCGUGUUCGGUGACAAAAACACGAAAAUCAGUGUAUGUUGAUUCAAGAUUCAUCAUAUUUCCAAUGUCUUCUGAUUUGUGUGAAUUUGAAGAGUGUUUCUUCACUGACCCCUUCUCACCAUUGAGUGAUUCUUCCACCAUUGAUAUCCUCAAAGCUUUUCAAGAAAAUAGUUACAAUUUAAACCCUUUAUCAUCAACUUUGACCCAUGAAAAUCUUGACACCCCAUUUGAUGAAAUUGACCAAAUUGCCCCUACCACCACCACUACCACCCUUCUCUCUUCCUCCCCACCAAGCCACCAACUUGAAAGCCUAUCUCUUUACCAAAUGGGCAAUGCAGUAAAUUCACUAGAUUUGUGUCCUCUUGAGGUCAAAUCAGAAGAUGGUCAACUACCCUUUUAUGAUUAUUAUGUCAACACCAAUUCAUUCUUGUCACACAGUUGUGGUGGGUCUGAGAAUGCAAUGAAGAUGAUGCAGAGGAGUUACAGCAGUAAAUCUUUUGAUGGAAGAUCAAAUGGGUUUCUUUCUCAACCAAUAAUGGACGGUUUGAUUGAAUCAUCAAAUCUUCAUUCCAAGGUCCUUACUUCACCUGAUCAUAGCUUCUCUUCCAGCCAUAUGAGAAGGGUUUGCAGCACUGGUGACUUACUCAGCUCGAACAGCAAGCAGACAAAUGAAGGAUUGUCGUCAAGUGCAUUAGCGACGGAAGGUUCAUUCAUGGAGGAAGCAAGUUUCAAAGUGGGGCGUUACAGUGCAGAAGAAAGGAAAGAGAGAAUCUUGAGGUACAGAGCCAAAAGGACACACAGAAACUUUAAUAAGAAAAUUAAGUAUGCAUGCCGAAAAGCUCUUGCUGAUAACCGACCCAGAAUUCGUGGAAGAUUUGCACGUAAUGACGAGCCUGUAGAGAUGCCUAAAGCUUCGACUUUUCAUCGAUAUGAAGACGAAGAUGAACUUUGGAUGGAUGGAUUGCAAGAAGAAGAGGAUGAAGGAAUACCAAGAGGGCAAUUGUGUAACUCUUACAUGCCCAUCACCCAAUUUCACCAAUUUACUUAUUUACCUAAAUAAAAAAUAAUAUUU